CCAGGAAAAUAGAAAAAACAAAAACAAAAAAGGGGAUAAUUUUUCUAGCAAGGCUUUGAAGAAAAUAUCUUAUCAAUGGAGAAAAUAUUAUUUUAAGCCGUACGAUAUUCAUGAAACUGCGAAAUUUUUUGUAAAAAAAAUUAUUUUACUUUGAGAAUUAUUAUGAGGAGGUUUGAAUUAGGCCUACUCUAUGCACGAUACACCGAAUCCUUUCAAACUUAACUGGGAUCAAAAUAAAAAAAAAAAUAUUUCUUUUUGAAUGGUUAAAAUAAAUUAAAAACAUUUGGUUGUGCUGUUGAAUUGAUUUGAUUUCGUGGGAAAAAAGAAAUUAAAGGAAAAAGGAAAAGGAUGAGCGCGAUGGCGGUGGUGGCGAGGAUACCUCCUACUCCGACUCCGACACGGAGGUUUUCAGAGGCAUCCAGUAGUAGUAGUGGUUGUAGUUCUUCACGACGGCGAUGGGGGCGGCGGCGGAGUCAACUAGUGAGAGCGGCCAUCGUGGAGGCCACACCACCUCCACCUCCGUCUUCGUCUUCGUCGUCUUCUUCUUCUCCUGCUCCUUUGGUUUUAGAGUCAAGACAAAGACAGAGUCAGAGACAAAGAGAACGGACGGAGGAUCUGCAGGCGGAGGUGAGAGCGAUGGAACGCGCCGUCAACGCCUCCGUCUACAGCCCUCAGCUGCUCGCCUCCAAAUACGGCUCCUCUCCUCUCAAGGCAGUGCGUAGGGCCGUGGAGAUAGUGAUAGCGCUGGGGAGUUUCGGAGUGAGUCUGGGUUUGGAUCGGAGCAGAGGUGAUUUGGAUCGUAACAAGCGCUUCAGAGCUGCCCAGCUCCGUCGGAUCUUCACUCGUCUGGGCCCCACUUUCGUCAAAUUGGGUCAGGGCCUCUCCACCCGCCCCGACCUCUGCCCUCCCGAGUAUCUCGAGGAGCUCUCCCAACUCCAAGAUGCUUUGCCCACAUUCCCAGAUGAAGAAGCAUUUUCGUGCAUCGAAAGGGAGUUGGGACUCUCACUCGACUCCAUUUUCUCCUCCAUCUCCGCCUCCCCCAUCGCGGCCGCCAGCCUCGGCCAAGUUUACAAAGCUCAACUCAAGUACUCUGGCCAGGUUGUCGCCGUCAAAGUGCAACGCCCCGCAAUUGAAGAGGCUAUUGGACUUGACUUCUACCUCAUUAGAGGCCUAGGCUUCCUCAUCAACAAAUAUGUUGACAUCAUAUCCAGUGAUGUUGUUGCCCUUAUUGAUGAAUUCGCUUCCAGAGUCUACCAAGAGCUCAAUUAUGUCCAGGAGGCGCAAAAUGCCCGGAGAUUUAGGAAGUUGUAUGCGGAUAGAGAGGACAUCCUUGUUCCUGACAUCUUCUGGGACUACACGGGCACCAAAGUCUUGACGAUGGAGUGGGUUGACGGGGUCAAAUUAAACGAGCAAGUUGCCAUUGAGAAGCAGGGUCUGAAGGUGUUGGAUCUAGUGAACACCGGCAUACAAUGCAGCCUGAGACAGCUACUUGAGUAUGGAUAUUUCCACGCAGAUCCUCAUCCCGGUAAUCUCUUAGCGACGCCCGACGGCAAGCUUGCAUUUCUUGAUUUUGGAAUGAUGAGUGAAACCCCAGAAGAAGCGAGAUCUGCAAUUAUUGGUCAUGUUGUUCACAUGGUUAAUCGGGAUUACGAAGCUAUGGCUCGUGAUUACUACGCUCUAGAUUUCUUGUCCCCUGACGUAGAUGUCAGUCCAAUCGUACCUGCAUUGCGGGAUUUCUUCGAUGACGCACUAAAUUAUACCGUGAGCGAACUCAAUUUUAAGACGUUGGUUGAUGGUCUCGGUAAUGUCCUCUACCAAUACCCGUUUAACGUUCCUGCUUAUUACGCGUUGAUAUUGAGGUCACUAACUGUGCUUGAAGGCUUAGCUCUUUACGCUGACCCCAAUUUCAAGGUUCUGGCCGCGUCAUACCCUUAUUUCGCUAAAAGGCUCCUAACAGAUUCGAGUCCAUAUCUCAGAGAUGCUCUUAUUGAGUUGCUUUUUAAGGACGGGAAGUUUAGGUGGAAUAGACUUGAAAACUUGCUUGUUGAGGGAAGAAAAGAUAGAGAUUUUUCUGCAAAAGACGCUUUACAGCCAGUUUUGAAGUUGUUAUUAGGUCCAGAUGGUGAAGAGCUUCGAGUUUUGGUUAUUAAAGAGGCUGUGCGUGUUACGGAAGCUUUCGUUUUAGGCUCGGUUAUUGAUGCAUACAGUUCCAUGCCCGAUAUGGUGAGAAGUCUAAUUUUCAAUGGAAAUGGGAACUCGUCUGGGCCUCUUGUCAUGAGUAAUACUGAACAGCAAAGAAUGAUAGAGCUUAGAAAUCGUGUCUCCAGAAUAUGGCAACUUCUCCAAUCCUCUGAAAAUUUUGAUCCCACCACUUUGCAGCCCAUUCUACAAGUGCUUCAACAACCCGAGGCGCGUGACCUGGGGGGGCGCGUGAUUGGUGGCAUAACUCGACGUCUCGCGGCAAGAUUACUGCAACAAGUACUCCGUUUGCCCCCAACCUCUUCAGCUUCUGCUUCCACUUCUUGAUCCAUUUCUGCUAGUAAAGGAAAAUUCUAUACUUUUGAUGGAAAAAGGAAAACUUUUAUAAUUGUGAACCUUCACCAUACUGUAUUUCAGAUUUGUAAAGAUAAUUAAAUGUUGUAGAUAAAUUUAAUUGAAUUGAUUCAAGCUUCAAAAUAAUGAUUUAUGCUGAUGUUUAUGAUUGUAAACUUUAACAA